AUGGGCACCAGGGCAGUGGUCAUGCCGCCUCCUGUGUGGGGACUGCUGGGCUGCUGCUUCCUCUGUGGCUGGGUUCUGGGGGGUCAGCGGCCCCUCCGCUCUCUGCCCCCACUGUCCUUCCACCUCAAGCCAGGAUCUGUACCCAUGUGGGUGCCCCCAGAGGGAGCUGAGGCAGCCCUAGCUUUUCUCUACUCUGGAGAUGCCCAACAGCUGUCGGGAGCUAAUUGCAGUGAGCGCUAUGAAGCCCAUGGGGCAGGGGCCAGACCAGGGCUCCCCCCAAUCCUGUGGAGGGCAGCAGGCACCCUCGCCCAGGCCGCCAAUUUCCUCAACAUGCUGCUACAAGCCAACGACAUCCGCGAGUCCAGUGUGGAGGAGGAUGUGGAGUGGUACCAGGCACUGGUCCGCAGCGUGGCCGAGGGGGACCCAAGGGCGUACAGGGCUUUGCUGAUCUUUAACCCUCCACCAGAGGCCAGCCACCUGCAGCUGGCCUUGCAGGCCACCCGGAUGGGGGAGGAGACCGUCCUUCAGGACUUGUCUGGGAACAGGGUGCAGGCGGAGAGCCCAGCUGGGGCCCUGGACACCCCUGUCCUGCGGAAGCGGGUGCUGACCAAUGACCUAGGGAGCCUCGGCAGCCCCAAGUGGCCACGGGGAGAUGGAUAUGUGGGGGACAUACAGCACGUGAGGCUGUCUCCUCCCUUCCUGGAAUGCCAGGAGGGUCGGCUCCGUCCAGGCUGGCUUAUCACACUCUCCACCACCUUCUAUGGACUCAAGCCGGACCUUAGCCCGGAGGUCAGGGGGCAGGUGCAGAUGGACGUAGAUCUUCAGAGCGUGGACAUCAAUCAGUGUGCCAGCGGCCCAGGCUGGUAUGCUAACACGCACCUGUGUGAUCUCAACAGCACCCAGUGUGUCCCCCUGGAGAGUCAGGGCUUUGUCCUUGGCCGCUACCUCUGCCGCUGCCGACCUGGCUUCUACGGGGCAAGCCGCACUGGGGGGGUAGAGAAGAGUGCUGCCCAGCCUACCGGGCAAUUCGGGUCCCCACAAGGCAGCUCCAGGAGGCUGCUGCGGUGCCAGCCAUGUGCUGAGGGCUGCACUAGCUGCAUGGAUGCCACACCAUGCCUGGUGGACGAGGCCCUGGUGCUGCGGGCAGCAGUGCUGGCCUGCCAGGCCUGCUGCAUGCUGGCCAUCUUCCUGAGCAUGCUGGUUUCCUACCGCUGCCGCCGGAGCAAGAGGAUCCGGACAUCUGGAGUUGUCCUGCUGGAAACCAUCCUUUUUGGAUCCCUGCUGCUCUACUUCCCUGUCUUCAUCCUCUACUUCAAGCCCAGUGUAUUCCGCUGCAUCGCUCUCCGCUGGGUCCGGCUGCUGGGUUUUGCCAUUGUCUACGGGACCAUUAUACUCAAGCUUUAUAGAGUGCUCCAGCUGUUUCUGUCUCGAACGGCUCAGCGGGGCCCCCACCUGAGCAGCGGGCAGCUGCUGCGGCGUCUGGGGCUGCUCCUGCUGCUAGUGCUGGGCUUCCUGGCUGUGUGGACGGCAGGGGUCCUGGAACGAGGCAUCCAGCACACGUCCCUAGUGACCCGAGGCCACACUCCCACGGGCCGCCACUUCUACCUCUGCCACCACGACCGCUGGGACUACAUCAUGGUUGUGGCCGAGAUGCUGCUCCUGUGCUGGGGCAGCUUCCUCUGCUAUGCCACCCGGGCUGUACCCUCGGCCUUUCAUGAGCCGCGCUACAUGGGCAUCGCCCUGCACAACGAGCUGCUGCUCUCCGCUGCCUUCCACGCAGCCAGAUUUGUGCUGGUUCCCUCCCUGCACCCAGACUGGACCCUCCUCCUCUUCUUCUUCCACACCCACAGCACAGUCACCACCACACUGGCUUUGAUCUUCAUCCCUAAGUUCUGGAAGCUGGGGGCUCCUCCCCGAGAGGAGAUCGUGGAUGAGGUGUAUGAGGACGAGCUGGGCCUGCAGCGCUCAGGAUCCUACCUCGGCAGCAGCAUUGCCUCAGCCUGGAGUGAGCGCAGCCUGGACCCGGGAGACAUUCGGGAUGAGUUGAAGAAGCUCUAUGCCCAGCUAGAGGUCCACAAGACCAAGGAAAUGGCUGCUAACAACCCCCACCUGCCUAAGAAGCGGGGCAGCUGGCGCCAGGGCCUGGGCCGCUCCUUCAUGAGGUACCUGGCCGAGUUCCCUGAGGUCCUGACCCGACAGCACUCCCGGGACUCGGGCUCCCUGGGCCGCAAUAGCCUGCCCGGCUCCUCCCGCUGCCGGCUCCUCAGCUCCAGCCUCCAGGAACCCAAGGGGCCCCAGGCCCUGCGCAAGUCCUGCAGCACCUACGACCACGACCACUGCAGGGAGCAGGACCCGCCUCUCCUCGACUCCCUGCUGAGGAGGAAGCUGGCCAAGAAGGCCUCGCUAGCAGAGAGCCCUGAGUCAGUGGAGGGGCCCCCUGCCCUGGGCUUCAGGUCAGCCAGCGCUCACAACCUGAUGGUGGGAGAGAGGCUCCCCAGAGCCCGGCCCGCCUCCCUGCAGAAGUCACUCAGCGUCGUGGCUGGCUCCAGGGAAAAGGCCCUGCUCGUGGCCAGCCAGGCCUACCUGGAGGAGACCUAUCUGCAGGCGAAGGAGAGAGAGGAAAGAAAGAAGGCAGAGGCAGCCUUGGCGAGCCCCGUGCGGAGGCCAUCAGCCAGGAGGCUGGAGCGAGCUCGAGGGGCCCCUCUGUCAGCACCCCCAUCCCCUGCCAAGAGCAGCAGCAUGGACACCUCCCACGCCUCCGGGAAGCUUCACGAGGAGGCUGCGAGAAGGCUGCCUCACCCACCCAUUCGGCAUCAGGUCUCCACACCCAUCAUGGCCCUGUCUGGGGCCUGCCGGGGAGAGCCAAGGAUGCUGUCUCCCACCUCCACCUUGGCUCCAGUUCUGAUGCCAGCUCCAGCCCCAGCCCUAGCCCCUGCCCUGGCACCAGUUCCAGUACCCCCCCAAAGCCCAAGCUUACUCACCUUUAUCUGCCCCUGGGAGAAUGCAGAACUGCCAGUCAAGAAAGAAAAUGUGGCUCAGGAAGGCCCCUCGGGGCCAGAGCGAAGCAGCCACUCCCCUGCCCGGACCAGGCUCUGGCGGGCCCUCUCGGUUGCAGUAGAGAGAAGGGGGGCCGGGGAGAAUGGGACGGACACAGAGGAGAGGCAACUCCGGGUGGAAGCUGAGGACGCGGAUGAGGACAGGCCCAAGACCUCCCCUAAAUCCCACAGCCUCAAGGCCCCUGUUCAGCAGGGCUCCACGCACAGUCUGGGACUGGCUAUCAAAGCUCUGACCCGUUCUCGGAGCACCUACAGAGAGAAGGAGGGUGGGGAAGGGAGUCCUGAGAAGGAGAAGGGCAGAGCUUCAGGAGAGGGUGUGCGGGUAUGCCCCAGAUCUCCCAGACCAGGCCGGCCCAAGGUGGUGAGUAAGCAGGCCGCCCUUGCCCCCUAUGAUGAUGAAGAGUCCCUCCAGAACCAACAGAAUGCUCACACCAGCAGAAUGCUCCAAGUCUGUCACCAGGAGGGCAGCAGGGAACAAGACACCAGAGGCAGGAGGGCAUCGCAGGGCCUAGGGGAGGGGAAAGUUGAGAGAGCAGGUAAAGCAGGGCCUACCACACUAAGGCCAGUCAGGCAGGGCACAGCUGGGGACAGAAAUGCUGAGCGAGCAAAAGAAGCCCCUGUGGGGCAACAGGAACUGCCCCAAGCGGGCCUUCAGCCCCUGAGCAGUGCCGACCGCAAGGUGGCAGAGGUAUGCCCCUGGGAAGUCACCGAAGCAGAAGCGUGUCAGCCUGACAGUAGCAACAAGGCCGAAAUCUGCCCCUGGGAGGUGAGUGAAGGAGCCCCUGAAAAGAGGACAUUGAGACAAGAUCUAGGUGAUUCCCAAGAAGAGGCGGGGAAAGCCUCAGAAAAGGCAGAGCCCAAAGAUGUGGCUGCUGUUGCUCGGAAAAAGCCAGAGAGGCUGGUCAGGGGGCAGGAGGCUGUGUGUCCCUGGGAGGGUGCCGAUCCCGGUGGUCUGUCUCCUAGGUCAGACCCUCAGGACUCUGACAGAACCAAGGGAAAGUCUGAGACAUCGGGCAGUGUGGAGGCUAGAGAGGUGGAGAAGCGACGGCGGGAAGCCACUGGCCCAGAAGCUUGUAUACCCGACACAGCCAAGGCAGAGCCCUGUCCCUGGGAGGCAAGUGGAGGAGGCGAGAAUGGGAAACCUUCCCAGGAGGGAGCAAAGAAGAAACAGGAAACUCCCAAGAAAGCAACCUUCUGGAAAGAACAGACCCUGGGUGGAGACUUGGAGUCUCUUUGUCCAUGGGAGAGGACGGAUUUCCGGGGCCCCACAGCAGUCUCCACUCAGGUCCCAGGAACCCCCGAGGGCUCAGGGAGUCUGGGCAGUAGCAUCGUGGAGGUGUGUCCAUGGGAGGCAGGAGAUGCUCCUGUUAUCAGGAGAGCAGAGCUCUGUCCCUGGGAGCUGUGUGAUGAGGCAGUGGGGAAGGAAAUGCUGAGUCAGGGGACAGGUGGAGAAUCUCUCCAGGAACAGGGGAAAGCCUCCAGAACAGGGGGUUCUGGAGAGACGGGGGAACAAACUGGGAGAGCAGGGCAGAAACUUCUUCAACAGCAGGAGUCGGUGUGUCCCUGGGAGAGCACAGCCCCUGGGCACUCUAGCCCAUGUCUAGACGAUUCCUCAUCCAGAGCUGGUGGCCAGCUCCUCAGCAAUGGAGGAAGUAGGGCCAUGCAGGUACGGGAAGACCUCAGGCCAGAGGUAAAGGAUGUAACACCUGCCAAGGCAGAAAUCUGUCCCUGGGAGGUGAAUGAAAGAACAACAGAGGACUGGACAUUGGGACAAGCACCAAAAGGAGGAGACUCUCAAAAGGACAAGGAGGAAAUGCCUGGAACAUCAGGAAUCAAAGAUGUCACCGCUUGGGAAAAGCCUGAGGGACAGAUCCGAAAGCAGGAAGCAGUCUGUUCUUGGGAGAGUGUGGACCCUGUCAGCUUCCCCCCACAACCAGGUCCUCAAGACACAGAGAAACCCAAAGCCAGUUUUCAGAUGUCAGGCAGUAUGGGAAGCAAAAUUGCCACGAUCUGUCCAUGGGACGUGGAGGAAACUCCGCCUGCCGAGAAGGCAGAGGUCUGUCCCUGGGAGGUGAGUGCUGGAGCAGCGGAUGAAAGGGCUUUGGCAGGUGAGGCCAUUAGGAAAUUGCCAACCAAUACAGGAAAGGCUUCUGCAGAUUCUGGACCUGGCAAGAUAGGUCUUACUACUCCAAAGAAGCCAGAGAGGCCAGGCCAGGAGCGGGAGGUGGCCUGUCCCUGGAAGAGCUUGGAUCCAGGGGGCUCCUCUCAGCAUUCAGACACCCUGGACACCGACAGACCAAAAGCUGGAUUCCAGGAACUGGACCGUGUGGGGUACAGGCCAAUUGAGGUGUGUCCCUGGGAAGUGGAGGAAGCGCCUAUCAGUGAAAAAGCCAAGAUCUGUCCCUGGGAGGGGAAUGAAGGUGCUACUGGGAAGGGACUGGAACAAGAGAUGGGGAGUGAUUCACCAGGGCAGAGGGAGAAAAUUCUAGAAAAGGGGAGACUCAUCUCCCUAGAAGAAGACAUAUCAAAAUCGGAGACAAAACAGAGGCACGAGCAGGAAGCUAUUUUCCCUUGGGAGAAGGACUGGAGGGAACCCUCUGCUCAGGCCCCUGAGGUCUCAGACUUGUCCAGCAGCAUGAGUAGCAAACUGGCAGAGGGGCAUUCCUUGGAAGUGAGUGAUGAGGCAGCAGAGAAAGAGGACCUGACACAAGACCCAAAGAUGGGCUCGGUCCCAGAACACAUAAACCAAGAAAAAGCUCCAUCUUCGAAAGCAGGAGAAUUCACUACUGAAGAUGGGGAAAAAGCAAACGAGCUACAACCUAUCUGUCCACAGGAGACCAUGGCCCUGGCAGACUCUUUCUCCCACCCGGACAGUCAGUGCCCUGACCAACCUAAAGCAGGCUCUCAGGGGCCGGUCAGUUUUGGGGGCAGGCUCGCUGAAGGGUGCCCACGGGAUGUUCCUGCCCUGGAUGCUCAGAAACCUGAGAGAAGCACCAAAGCUGAGAUCUGUCCCUGGGAGGUGACUGAAAGAAUCCCUGAGGAAGGGGUGUCAAGACAGGAUGGAAAAGGGGAAGCUCAAGAGAAGGAGGAGAAAGCCCCAGAAAAAACAGAGCCCAAAGUUGUGGCAGUUCAGGAAAAGCCAGUGAGGGCAGAUGGGAAGCAGGAGGCUGUGUGUCUCUGGGAGAGUCAGCAUUGUGGGGGUCUGUCUCCACAACCAGCCCCACAAGCUUCUGACAGAAGCAAAGGCAGUUCUGAGGCAGCAGGCAGUGUGGGGGCCAGGGUAGCAGAAGUGUGUCCGUGGGAAGCAGAAGAGGCGUCCUCUGCUAAGAAAGCAGAAAUCUGCCCUUGGGAGGUGAGUAAAGGAGCAGCAGAGAACGGGGGACUGGAACAAGAGGUGGACAGAGAAUCCCAAGGGCAAGGAGAGACGUUUCUUCAAAAGGCAGGAUCUGGAGGGACUGAAGAACACUUUUCAAAAGCAGCAGCAAAAGUCAGCAGAGAGCAGGAGACAGUCUGCCCCUGGGAAGGCACAGGUUCAGGGGGGCUCUUCCCCCAGCCAGAUGCUCCAGACACUGACCAACCCGCAGUCAGUCCCCAUGGAGCAAGCAGUAUGGGGAGCAGGAUGGCAGAGCUGUGUCAGUGGGAAGUCACAGAUCCAGAAGGAAAUAUAAUAAAGGGCACCAUGGCAGACAUCUGUCCUUGGGAGGAAACUGGAGCCCCAUCUGAGGUAUCUGGCCUCCUGUCUUUAACAGCAACUUGGACAGAAAUAUCUUUCCCCACAGCUCCUGAGAACCCACCCUGCCUUUUAGUCCACAGACCUCUGAGUAGCUUCCUUCCAGAAAGCAAAAGCUCCCGCCCCAAGGUGAGCAAGCCAGCCAGUACUAUUACUCUGGAAGGUGUCAGAGAGCUCCAAGGACCUUCAGGACUUGGGCCAAGGACCAGCUUAGCCCCAGAGCCAAGUCGCCAAGAAGCUGAGGAUCAGAAGUUUUCCUCCUUAACUAAAGACCAAGGAGAAGUGGCUUUUAAAGCUCAACAUGAAGAAUUUGCCCCUCCAACUGUCUAUCCUUGGGACUGGGAGUAACAACUCCAUCAGGGUAGGUGACUAGCCUUCAGGAGCCAUGGUCUUUUCUAAGGUUUUUCAUAGGUUCUCAAAGAGCUGAAUCAAAGACACUUGGCCACAUCCCCUCUCCAAGAAGGCCAGAAGUCAACUCAUUCCAAAGACAAAUUAUACAAGGGUGCAGCUCGGACCCCAACAGGAAGUCCCACCCUCUCUUUACUUUCAACUCUUCUUCCUGCUCCAGGGAACAAAGGCCAGAUGCUCUGCUUCUAACGAAUCCUCCC